ACCACUUCCAUCCUCAUUCAAUUUCCACUGCCAAGUCUUUUUUUCUUCCAUAUCACCACAUUCGGUCGAGUCGACACAUACACCCGCAUUUUCGGAGCACUGAUAGGUUUAUCGGUAAAUAUCAUGGACAAAGAUGAAGUGGAAGUCACACAGUCCGAGGCACCCGGCGUGGAAGAGGAAAAGCAGGAGCCGGAAUCUGUAUCAGACGAAAAUAUCGACAUCGAUAUAUACGGCGACGGAGAGAGACCGGUGCCAGAGGCGCGCGUAACACAUGUAGGGGUGCGAUACUACAACUAUCGUGGCUUUACAAACAGGGUCCAAAACGAUGAAUGGGACCACACAUUCGAGUGUCUCAUGAUAGGCGCAAAUCCACGAGAAGAGAUGCUAGAAGAGAUCAAGCGAAGCGAAAAGAUCGACGACCCCGACCGGGCAAAACCUACGGAGCAAACGCCAACGAGCACGCCUGCAUUGAUGUCCGAUCGCCCCGAUGGUAUAGGGGAAAAUAAGCAUCUUUUCAGAGUCAGAAUUCGUUCCACAGAGGUUCUUCGCCAUCUUGCAGAGCUCGCUGACUGGAGCGCCGAUCUUGGAUCGGCAUCGAAAGAAGAGCUGGUGUUCUGCCGUCCAUUCCAUGCAUUUUACUUCUAUCAUAAUGCCAUGAAAGAGCGCCUUGCGUCCAUGGAGUCGCGACUGGAUAGCGAUAAUGAGAGUGAAAGUAGUGCUCUGAGUCAAAUGAAGCUCUAUGUUGCGCUCGUGGAGGAGCUGGUUGUACCGUUAUGGGCCCAGUUUGAGGAGCCCAGCAAAACAACUCCGAAGAAAGUAUCCUACGAAGAGAUCGCGUUUCUGUUUCGCCCUGGGGAGCUCAUUUUUGUUCCUCCGUUUCAAAAGACAGUAAAGGCGCAGAAACAAUCUGCUAUCCAAACCCUGUUCCGAGCCUAUUUUUGUAAUCCGCUGGAUGUGUUGUAUCAGCGCGCGGACGAUGGAUGGAAAGAAUCGGUCUCCGAGCGGACCGACUGGAAAAUGUACUGCUACGACUACGAUGGCGAGGUUUUCCGAACUGCAUGGCAUACUGUGUCAUUCGAUUACUUCCUGGGGGAGCGGGAAAUCACCUCUUUGGCCUGCUAUCCACUCAAGUACCACCCGCAGGGAGAUCGUAUUCUCCGGGAACAUGUUGAGAGAGGACGACAGUUUAGGGAGGUUUCCCAAGAAGGUGUCCGGCAUCUUUACUAUUCUGGAUGGAAUCUUGUCACUGGGAUCUUUGAGGUAGAAGACGCGAGACUUGCUGAGCCAGAGUAUGUAGAAAGCGAGGUGAUCAUCGACAUCAAAGAAGCAGAGCGCCAUGUCCCGGAGUGGGUGAACCGAGAAGUUCCUGAGCUCGGGGCGGAAUGGAGGCCGUGGGCUAAGGAAGCUUUCCCUUGCAAAGUUUGGUACACGCAAGAGGGAGAGCAGCAGGAUAAUGGCGUGCACACUACAUGGUCGAGCCGUCUUGUCAUGCGAGAGGAUGGGAGUCACUAUCAAGAGGCAGCCCAGUUCCACGAGAAGAGCCCCUACUUCCGGCAAGAUGGCACCCUUUGUUUUGAAGAUUGGAGCGACACGGACUUCGCCAUUUUACCGAGGAGACUACUAGGCUAUGUGUUGCGAGAGAGAAGAUUCAUGUGCCUCAAUGUGCAGAACCUUCAGAUCAAAGCAGAAAAUGACAGGGUCACAUUAGACGAUAUCCAGAUCAAGGAUAGCCACAGAAAGAUUGUUCGGUCUAGUGUGUCUUCGCACUUUUUACGAAACGCCCGGAACCGAUCUGAUGCAGCUCGACGGCCAUACGACCCAGACAUCAUUAGAGGAAAGGGACGAGGCUUGGUUAUUCUUCUACACGGUGCCCCAGGGGUAGGCAAGACUGCGACAGCAGAAGCUGUGGCCCUUGAAUUCAACAAACCACUAUUCCCUAUAACGUGUGGUGACCUAGGCAUUACUCCAGAUGCAGUCGAGGAGACCCUCAAACGUAUUUUUCGGUACGCUCACCUAUGGGACUGCAUUCUGCUUCUGGACGAGGCCGAUGUCUUUCUGACCCAACGAGAUCGAUUCAAUAUCGAGAGGAAUGCUCUCGUUUCAGUAUUCCUGAGAGUUCUAGAGUACUACAGUGGAAUCCUUUUCCUGACUACUAACCGAGUCGGAGCACUGGACGAAGCAUUCCGAUCUAGAGUGCAUGUGAGUCUCUAUUAUCCUCAUCUCAGUUUCACAGACACCGAAGCCAUACUCUGCAACAACUUGAAGCGACUUCCGAGAGCCGAUGCAUUGCCGGAAGACGAAACCCCGGGCAGUGAUUAUAUCCAAGUCAUGGAUAGAGAAAUCAUUGAUUUCAUCAAAGACGAGUAUCAAAAGCACUAUCAAACUCACCGACGAGGGCCCUGGAACGGUCGUCAAAUCCGGAACGCUGUACAGAUCGCCUCAUGCAUCGCCUUCCAUGACCAAAAAGGCGGCCGUAAAAACCUUCCAGCUGUUCUCACCCGUGAGCAUUUCAAGACAGUGCAUGAGACCAUGACCGAGUUUGAUGCGUAUAUGGCGAAGGCUCAGCGCGUUGAUCAGGCUAAAAUGGCUCAUAUGGAAGGUGUUAGAUAUGAUCGUUACGGAGAAGAAGAUGGGGAUCAAGAGCCGGUGGAAUACGAAGGCUUCGGGGGCCAGGCACCUGGUCCUCGAUUCUCGAGCAAUUACUCAGCUGGACGCGGAGGAAUGAACACCAGCUCCAGAGGUCGGACAGUACCACGCCUCGGUGCACGACAACAGCCUGGUCAAGCUAGUGGCGGAUAUGCGACUCCACCACCACCGGCAACAUACCGCUCAAGAGGGGGGCAAGCUCCGUAUCAUGCUACAUCGCAAUCAUACGGCGAGCUCCAUUACGAAGAAGAACAUACAACUUUCCAGGGAGAACCCCAGGCUGGACGGCUCCGACCGAGUGACUCCUACGCAGGGCGUCGGCUCCGUGUGCCACAACGAGGAAUGCCAAUUGACUCCCAGGAGGAAGCAUAUCUUGAUCAUUCCGAUCAUUUGUCGGAAUGGGCAGAUGAAAACGAACACUUCUCUGGUCGUGAGGAUGAUCAGCAAAAUCCAGCAGUUCCCAUCAGCGAAUGGCCAACCCAGCCGCUCCGCGAUCAACCCCUAGAUCAACACAACAUGCCUCCGAGAUCCAUUCCAGGUGCACGCGCUCAUCAGGCCUAUGAAAAGCAAGCCAGAUACCGGCAAAUGGGCCCCCCAGCUCUUUCAGGUUAAAACAUCAGAGAUAUAAGCGGCAGACAUCUUCAGAAUCUCGUCAUUUAUUGAUCUCAUCUCAUCAGAUAAUGUUUUGCAUAUACAAUCAUCCUAAUAUUCAGUCUAAUGGUAGUCAUUUUGCAUAGAAGCACUCUAUUCCUUCCAGCCAACUAAGAAAUAGAACGCUUGGACACAAAAGAGCCCCGACAAAUCAAAACGUGGCGGUAAUCACCUAGCUUUCCUCGAACGAGUUGCCAUAGUACCUAUCCGAGGCGUAGCUUGCAUUUUUCAAGUUAGUCUGGAUCCGACAAUCAAUGUUAAUCACAAAGAAUGAGUGCCAUAACUUACUGCCAAUUGGCCAACCCAGCUCGACUAUUCUUCCAGCACUGGAUAAGACGGCGUGUCUCAUCCAGAUGCUCGUCAGGUACCUGGCCGUAGAGUGCAUGUUCUAAGUUGCAAAACUCGGUAUAACUUGCGCGAAUCAAGGAAGUUGCCGCGUCGAUACCACUCUGGGUCGAGUAGGAGUUCUCGUACACGAGCAAAGGAACGAGACUGUCUAUAUGGCCGAGGUCCUAUAUUUGAUUGAUAUUAGACUGUAUGCAAAUUAAUUGGAGAAGACGCACUAGUUCCUUUUUAAAUGAGAACAUAUCAUUGUCACUGAACAGGUUGGGAGAUGUACAGGUCAGUGGAUCACAGACCAUCAAUGAUAGCCAAGGCGAGUGGGAUUUACAUGGAAGCCAUGAUGUUGAUAAGCUUCAUCAAUCGUUGAGUAACUUCAAGCUCGAAGAUCCACCGUGGAAGGUUGAUAUGGUCUGUAAAGCUUUGAACAGAGUCAGGGUAGUCAUACUGGAACAUUAAAAGUUUAGGGCUUGCAUAUUUAGCGCCAGCGACGGGUAGAUACCUGAGGUGUCCAUUCUUAGGUCGAGAUAGUGAUCGAUACCCAUAAUUUCCUCUGCAUCAACAGAGUCCUGUAUUUUCAUGGCAGCCAUGACAUAGUCGCACAGAUAAUUGCAUAUCCAGUCACACAGGUCCGCUAUUGGCAAAUUCAACGUUAACUAUGCUUGCUGAUCAAACAGAGUAUUAAGAACUCGCUUACUAUUUCUCACCCCUUGUUUAAUUUCCAGACCAAUCUCAU